GGGAACGAGAGCGCCCGUGUCCAACCACGGUUAAAAGUUUUGCGCAAAACGAACACGCGUCGAUACGAACGCGACGUGAUUUUUCCUCAUGAUUCCCUUCAAAAUUUUCCUAUUUCGACUGUUGAGUGGACAUCGCGGGACGGAAAUGAAGGUGAAGGGGGCAGAAAGGAGCGGAUUGGGUUCGAUUGGAUUCAUGUUCCGCUGGCUCUCGAUACCUUGGUUCUGGAUGCGACAUUGGAAAGCCGGUGCACCAUCUUCGAAAGAAUUCCUCGGGAACUCAAGAAUGGCAGGGCUCUGGGUAUACUGAGUCGAACUGGAUGGAUACAAAACCACCUACCAUCAAAGCGGAAGGUCUUUGGCCCUUUGGCCUGAUUCACAAAAGUAAUUUUUACAAGUUACGAGUGAAAAGGGAAGGAAAAGCUCCAAAAGGCUCUCCGUCCAACGGGGGAAGCAGUGAAGGAAUUUCGGAAAGAAAACGAAACAGCAAGGAGUCGAAAAAAAAAAA